AAGGUGACAAGACGCACGGCGGAACAUAACGACCGAAACUACUCACCUUCUCUGCGGACCGAAACACAGACACGUCUCUCUCCCUCUCUCUCUCUCUCUCUCUGAUGUACCGAGCUUCUGGCGACAAGGCGCACUUGAUUCACUUCCCACAUUUGCUUCACUUUCAAACAUUUAAAUCUCUCCUCUCUCUCUGAUGUACUGAGCUUUUGGGGUUUGAUCUCAAAGCGACAAUGCGAAUUCUCCGGCCCCCUAGCUUCAGCGCCUCAGUCUCCAACUCCAAUCGCCACCUCAAGGUAAGGUUCCGGCGCUUCGUCACCAGCUGCAGGGCCGUGGUGCUGCCGCGCUUCGGCGGGCCGGACGUUCUGGAGCUCCGGCCCAUUGUCCAAGUCCCUGAUCUCAAGCCCCAUGAGGUCCUUGUUCGCUCUCGCGCCGUCUCCAUCAAUCCCCUCGAUACCAGAAUGCGAUCUGGCUAUGGUCGUUCCAUAUUUGGACCUCAUCUACCUCUUAUUUUGGGUCGUGAUAUUAGCGGUGAUGUUGCAGCUGUGGGAGAUUCAGUUCGAGGUUUGAGUGUGGGACAAGAAGUUUUUGGUGCAUUGCAUCCUACUGCUGUAAGGGGUACUUAUGCUGACUAUGCAAUUCUUUCAGAAGAGGAACUUGCACCAAAACCAGCAUCAGUUACACACGUGGAAGCUAGUGCCAUUCCAUUUGCUUCCCUGACUGCUUGGCGAGCUCUCAUAAGUACAGCUAGGAUAGCUGAGGGCCAACGGCUGUUAGUUGUGGGUGGUGGAGGAGCUGUAGGUUUGGCCGCAAUUCAGAUUUCAGUAGCCAGAGGCUGCCAUGUUACAACUACAUGCGGAAAGCAAAGUAUAGAUCGAGUAUUGACAGCCGGUGCUGAGCAGGCUGUUGACUAUACUGCUGAGAACAUCGAAUUUACAAUAAAGGGGAAGUUUGAUGCUGUAUUGGAUACCAUUGGUGGUCCAGAGACCGAAAGAAUGUGCAUAAACCUUUUAAAGAGAGAUGGGCACUACAUGACACUUCAGGGUGACGCCGCAUCUUUGGCUGAUAGUUAUGGGAUAGCUAUUGGGCUUCCUGUUGCCACAGCUGCUUUACUGAAGAAACAGAUUCAGUACCAGUAUUCUCACGGAAUAGAGUACUGGUGGACUUAUAUGAGAGCCGACUCAGAAGGGUUGGAUGAGAUUCGGAGGCUAUCUGAGGCCGGAAAGUUGAAUAUACCAGUGGAGAAAACAUUUCCCAUCACUCAAGUGAUAGAGGCGCACGAGGCAAAGGAGAAGAAGCAGAUCCAUGGGAAAAUAGUGCUCGAACUCGACUGAAGAAAAUUACCUAGCCUGUACUGGUUUUGCCGGUACACUUCUACCAUUUACUGCUCUAUUUGGCUUUUAGCAUCUUCCUCGGUUAUAAUUUUACCAUUUGUUUGAAGCAUCUUAGGCCUUCUCAAUGCAAUAAAAACUGGAAGUUGUACAGGAGUUGCAAGUUUGAGUUGGAAAGAUUUUUUUUACCCGGUUGCCAAUAUGUAAAUGUUUGAGAAUGUUGUGUUAGAUCUUUGAUUGUGAUUAGAAUGCAUCUCCUGAUGACUUAAUACUUAGAAUAAAAUCCAACUUGUUCCAUGCA